CAUAUACAUUUUUCAUUUGUCAAAUAGAAAAUGUCAUCAACAUUUCCGUAAUUUUGUAACAAUUUUAUAAAUUCUUUAAAAAUAUAAAGACAUCGUUAUCAACAAUCCUGAUAAGUUUUCAUUUUAAAGACAUUCAUCAAGUUCUGUAAUCAAAAUCUAUUCGAAUCAACGAAAAUGGUUUGUGUGCCUUGCUUCGUCAUUCCUGUAUUAUUGUUUCUUUGGCACAAGUUCAUUCAGCCGUAUGUUUUACGGUUCUGGAACCCAUGGGCGGUGAAAGAUGCAGACGGUAAUGUAAAAACUGAAUUUCCAUUCAAAUGCGAAGGUGGAGUAUGCGCAUUUAGCAGAAAGAAAGAUGAAAAAACAAUCAAGGACAAUGAUGCAAAUCAACAAGAUCUCAAUAACACCACGGAGCCACCGAAUAGGAUCAAAACGGACUAAUAUGGUUAUGAGAAACAUUUUACUUAAAUUAUUACCUAUUUAAAACUUAGCUUAUAUGGUUUUGUAACAAGCAUGUUAUUGUGUAUUUCAUUUGGCAUUUAUCAACUAAUAAAAUAACAUAUUGAAAAAAAUGUAAAUAUAUUUUUGUUUUGUUAUGAUUGAACUACUAACUUGAGCAAUUUAAUUUAGAACUACUAAUAUUACACAUAUUCUAUGUAAGAUGUGAUAUACUUAGUCCUUCAAUCUUUUAAAAAUGAAAGUUCUAAAAUAAAACAAUUCA